UGGCGGCCCCCACGGCCCACGCGUGAGCCCUUCCGCCGACCGCCGCUGCCGUGAGAGUGCAAAACAGAGAUCAAGAUGGCUUGGCUGGGUUAGAGCGGCUGCGGUGCAUGUGGCAGAGAACCCCAGCUGCUGUCAAGUGGUCUACAAGCAAGGCCAUCCUUACCGAGCUGAGUAAGCCUUGAGGAAGAAGCUUGCUGUGGACCUGAACUAAGGCAGGAGGGAGGAAAGAUGCCAGCUUCUCUUAGAAAACUGCAGCAAAUGGCUGUUUUCAUGGGACUGUUCAGCGGCGGGGGAUGCAUCGUGAUGUACAAUCUCAUGCAAAAGAGUUUUGCCAGGACCCAGUAUUAUCAGCAGGCUUUGGAGCAAUUGAACAGCAAUCCCGAUGCCCUGGAAGCCCUGGGUGCCCCCCCGCUUAAAGUUCACAACAUCCGACUGACGGAUGGGAGCAACCGUGUGGACACAGAAAGAGCACAGAUAAAGUUACCGGUAUCUGGAACAAAAUCAGCGGGGUACCUCUAUAUUAACUCAGAGAUGGACCACUCCCGUCAAUGCUGGUGCCUUCAGGAUGUCACCUUGAAACUGCGGGAUGGUCAGGAUAUUCUGGUUUACCAGUCCCCAGUGGAAAGCAUUGGAGUGCAAGAAGGCUAAAAAUCAAAGGCAGCUGCUUCUCCACCUCCCACUGAGCCAAAGGAGCCAUUAAUCGCUCACAUCCCGCUGUGUCUGUGAAUGUACACGGUUGUCACAAGUGACAAUUUCACUUAACUGGGUGCUCUCAAGACAAUUUUCUCUCCGAGAUUGACCUUGUAAUUGUCAUAAUUGUAAUUUCUUUCUUUUGCUGUUUUAUUCAUGUGUUCAGCAGAAGCCUAAAAUAAAUAUCUUGCAAAAGA